UCUUAAUGUCAACAAACAAUUACUCUGCGGGUGGACGAUAAUGAUCUUUUUAGGAACUGGAAGUAGAUGAAUAAAACGGCAAUAUAAUCGCUGUAAUAAUCCACCUAGUAUAAUAAAGGAAAAACUUACGUGAACAAAGUUUUGGUAUCACCGCAUAAUGAUAUUCAAUGUCUCUUUAAGUGUCGUAUAUUAAUGAGAAAAUGUGAAACGUAAGACCAACGUUGUCAGUGAAGUAAAGUGAAGGUUCAGGAGAAGAUGCAUCUUGUGGUCACCAAUAUACCGUCAUCAUUUCGAUCAUCUGAUUUGAGGAAUUUCUUCUCUGAAUAUGUUGAAAAAGAGACAUUCUCCUGCUUCCACUUCCGUCAUCGUCCACAAUCUCACCUCUCACAGCUGCUGAAGGAUUGUGCCUCAUCUGUACCCAAGGCUGAAGCUGACUUGACUUCCAGCAGCACAAGUUCAUCAUCUACAACCAACUUGAAAGGAAAUAAAACACAUCAGGAGGACGGCAGUGAAACGCAACAGGAGGACGGCAGUGAGAAAAAUGUUGAGACAAAUUUAAUUCUAGAGGAGUCAGUAGCCAGAGACAGUGAAGACGAUGGUUGUGGUGUGGCUGCAAAGACACAUUGGUUGAAUUCAGGACUGUCUGGUCUCUCAACACUGAUAAGUGAAAAAAAGCAAAGGGCCAAAACAGACAUGAAGCAGAAUUUACAGGCUAUAUACAAAAGAGAACAGCCUGUUUGUCGUAGUGAAAUAAAAGACAAUAGUAUGUUAAAAGAACACGGUGUUAGUGAAGGUAGUCAGCCAUCGCCGUCACAAGAGGAUGACGUGGUUCUGACAGAACGUUCAGAAGCAGACAAGAGAACUUGUUGCAUCUUAAACAUAAAAGACAAAUAUGUGGAAAAAUUUAUUGUUAAAUAUAAUAAAAAACAUUGGGUUGACCGUGCUGGUGAUGUACUAGUAGCAAGAUGCUUCAUAUUUAGGAUCAACUUUGUUAAAAAUAUAAAUCAUGGUGAAAACUACAAGACAAGAAGACAGUUGGAUUCAGAAAGUCUCUCUGUGGACACGUCACUGGACUUGAUUGAGUUUUGUCCUCCUCCCAUCAUGCCACAGGGGAAUGUUGGCACUCCAACCUCCUACUUCAAGAAUCUGAUUAGGACGUGUCAGUUACCAGGAACCAUAAUUAAAAAACUUGGUUUGGAAUUUCCAAAAAGCAGAGGACAGAAGCGGUUUAGUCAGGUGCCAUUCAACUAUGGGACAAGUGUAACCAAGAGAGAGAUGGGCAAAGAUGCCGAAGGUAUCACUUUCACAGCUGCCGGUGAUCUUAUACCAACCUCGGCUGACUUCACAAAACCGAGAAGGAAGAAGAAAGAGAGAAAGCAGAGAAUUAAAGGACCAAAAAUUGAGUUAGAAAGUGAAAGAGAGGAUGGUGCUGAAAUAGAGGAGUGGGAACGUUACGAAGCCUUUCAUGAUGAUGUAACGAGCCAAGACCGUAUAAAGGAGCGACUUUACGAGAAAGAAAUAGAGUUAGUGUGGGAGAAAGGAGGACCAGGACUUGUUUUCUAUACAGAUGCUCAAUACUGGAGAGAACAGGAAGGCGACUUCGAUGAACAGACAGCUGACGAGUGGGAUGUUGAUAUGUCUGUCUACUACGAGGAAGGUGCUGGUGAUCGUGAUGCUCAAGAUAGUGUUGCAAUGUUGCACAGUCAUAAACUUAGGUCGGGGAAACUUAGUCAUUCAGCCUUCACAAAAACUGGCUGUCAGAAUGAAAGAGAGAGAAAAUUGAAGAACACAUCAUCGUCAUCAGCAAGAAGUCGGAAAAUUGGACCUGCAGCACCACCACCAAUAGGAAAGUUUGAAGCACACACUCUUGGAUUUGGUCGCCGACUGUUGGAAGCACAGGGUUGGCAGGAUGGCCAGGGAUUAGGAAAGGAUGCUGUGGGCCUCCCCUAUGCUUUGGACAAUGAUGGACAACAUCCUCAUGAUAAAAAAGGAUUUGGUUACUAUGGCAAAAAACUUCAAGGUUGGGGACAGACUUCUGCAACUAUACGACAACAGUCACAAAGACCUCAACGGCAACAGAGAAAUGAUAUCCACAUAUCUACUGUGUUUGACCGUCCCCAGGAAGAGGAUCCUCCUCCACCCACUCUCCGCACCCAUGAACCCACUACUCUCACUCAUCGUCACAAUUACGUUUCUUUUAAUAAAGCCUCAGAUUCAAAGUUAUAGUUAUAUAAUGUCAGUAUAUUUUUUGUAUAUAAUUUGCCUGUACAGUAUAUGUAAAUAAUAGUAAAACUAUUGGUUGGUUGUC